AUGAUCCAACGAUUUAGCCAAGAACACUCGGGUGAAGUGUUGGAAUUGUUUCAACAAGCAGAUGAGGACUUGAAAGGAGAUUUAGAAGUAGUACUCCAUGCCCUCUCUGCAAAUAUUGAAUGUAUCCCGUAUUGUUCUGAAUAUUUAAUUCAUCAUCAAGAUGCUGUUGCCUCUCGGGAUUUAUUCAUGAUGGCCAUUCGCCAUGAUGGAGAUUAUUUACGAUUGGUUCAAAAUACAGAAUUUGCAAAGGAUCGUGAAUUGGUCUUUUUAGCUUGUUCUUCAAUGUCUGAGGCCAUUCAAUAUGCGGAUGAAAGUGUGCGAAAUGAUAAAGAGUUUGUUUUAAAAGUGCUCAAAGAGUGUCCAGGUCAUGCCUAUAAUCACAUCGGUGAUGAUUUGAAAAACGAUAAAGAAGUAGCUCUUGCUGCUGUUUCUAUUGAAGGGGAAGCAUUUCAGCAGUUUUCAGAUGAAAUUAGGAGUGACAGGGAAGUGUUUCUUCUCGCUGUCAAAUCUGAACCAGUUUGUUUGUCUGAUGCCGGUGAUAAUAUUAAGGGAGACAGAAGCAUGAUAUUGGAGGCUGUGAAGCAUGGUUGUGAUUUGAGUAGAGUUCCACGCGAGUUCUAUAAUGACAAGGAAAUUGUCACCUUAUGCCUCAAACAAAAUGCAUGGUCAUUUGAUAUUGCUGGAGAAGAUUUACGAAAUGACAGGGAGUUUGUUAUGGAGGCAGUUAGAUGUGGCUGCCCAUUAUCGCAACUCAGUAGUAAAUUCAUUAACGACAAGGAAAUCGUGCUACUAGCCAUCAAUCGUUUGGGAGGUGAGAUUAUACGCUAUGCUGAUGAUCGAUUGAAAAGGGACAAUAGUUGUGUAAUGGCUGCUCUGGAGAGUCAACCAUCCGCACUCAGAUACCUCGGUCUUGAGUUUAGAUCGAAUAGAAGUCUUGUUUUGAACAUUUUGCGAGAUAACGGAUAUUUGUAUGACGUUAUAGCUGAUGAGUUGAAGUCAGAUAAGGAAAUUCUUUUCACUGUGUUGCGUGGCUCGUAUUUCGAUGGUUUCAUGCACGCAAGUACUGAACUAAGAGCAGAUCGAGAAGUGGUGCUCGAGGUGGUCAAAAUGAACGGCGAUUGUUUGCAAUACGUGUCAACUGAAAUGCAACACGAUUUUGAAGUUGUCAUGGAGGCUGUGAAAUCCCAUGGUUGUGCACUUCAAUUUGCCAGUGCUGAUUUGAGAGACAAUUUUGAAGUGUGUCAAGUGGCAAUCUUUUCCGAACCCACCAAUUAUAAAUAUGUUGGACCUGUAAUGAAGAAAAACAGAGAGUUAGCCCUACAAGCGAUUGACUUGCGUAGCGUGAAUUACAAAUAUAUAGAUGACAGUUUAAAGGAGGAUGAAGAGCUAGCAUGGUUAGCUGUGAGCUCACGCGAUGCAUACUGUUUGACUGUUACAGAUUUCCAUGAGAAAUUUCGGCAAGAUAGGCGAAUCAUGCUGGAAUUUAUGAAACAUCAGCCUUAUCAAUUUGGACUAUUGUGGAAACCUUUUAGAAGUGACAUGGAGUUUAUCAUGCACGCUCUAUCUUCCGAUGGAGGAGCAUUACAAUAUGUUCCUGUUGCACUGAAAAAAGAUAGAGAACUUGUCGAGUCAGCCAUAAGAGCAAGCCUUUCCUAUGGUCAAGUUCCAAUGGAGUUUAAGCAAGACAAAGAAAUUAUCUUGUUGUAUGGUUCCAAAAGAUAUAAUUUACAUUUCUACACAUCCCUGAACGAUCAAUUGCGAAAUGACAUGGAGGUGAUUAAGUGUGCAUUAAAGUCAGGUGCCUCUUUUGCAUCCAUUCCUUUCGAGUUGCGAAAAGAUAAGAACUUGGCCAUGAUCGCUCUGUCUCCAAUCAUACGAUUUGGUAAAGAGUGGAACAAUGAUAAGGAAAUCGUUAUGGGAUGUGUCACAAGCAAUGCGUAUGCCUUAGAGUAUGUUUCUGACGAGUUGGCGAAAGAUCGUGAGAUUGUUAUCGAAUCGAUUCGAAAAGAUCCCUCUCUUCUACUGCACGUAGAUAGUGCGUUUCUUAAAGACAAGGAACUUGUCAAAAUAGCCGUCCAUCACAAUGCGCAUUAUUUUCGAUAUGCUGAUUCUUCGCUGAGGAAUGAUAAAGACUUUAUCAUGCAAAUGAUUGGUGAAGGAAACACGUCAAUUUAUCGGUACAUUGAUGCAGAGUUACGAAACGAUAAAGAAUUACUUAAGAAGGUUCUGUUAACGGAACCAAACAUGUUCCGCUAUGCUAGCGACAUAUUAAGGCACGAUAAGGAGGUGGCACUUUUGGCUGUCAUCAUCAAUGGCACUCAAUUGAUGUAUGUUGGAGAAGCAUUGAAAGAUGACAAUGAGGUCGUUGAACGAGCCGUUUUUGACACUGGAGAAGCAAUGAAAUAUGCAAGUAGCAGAUUGAAGAAAGACAAAGAGUUUGUAAUGAAGGCUCUUAGAUUUUCACCUGCAUGCAUAGAAUAUGUAGAUGAGAAAUUUAGGAAAGAUAAGAACCUUGUGAUGGAACUCCUUGACAAAGAUCAAUUCUUUUCAUAUAUAUAUAUUGAAAGUUUGGAUCAUUCAAUGAGACAAGAUCGAGAGGUUGUAAAAAAGCUAAUUGAACAUGAUACAUACAAUUAUCAGCAUGCACAUUAUUUAUUGAAAGCAGACAAAGAGCUGGCAUUACUUGCUGUAAAGCAAAAUGGAUCCUUCCUUUCCUAUGUACCUCUCUCUCUUAGAAAUGACAAAGAAGUUGUAAUGACAGCCCUUAAAAACGACCCAUUAUCCUUAGAAUUUGCCUCACCUGACCUCCAAGACGAUGAGGAACUUGUGGAAAUGGCCGUAAGACAGAAUGGAGAUGCUCUCAGACACGCAAGCGAAAGACUUCGAAAAAAACGUGAUUUAGCAUUGAAAGCAUUCAAAUAUGGAAUUGAUAAUGGCUCCACUCCGCUCAAGUAUCUUAGUCACGAACUCAAACACGAUAAGGAAGUUGUACUUUACGCUGUCAAAAAGUCAGGUCUAGCCUUAGAGUUUGCACAUUCAUCAUUGCAAUGUGACAGAGAGAUUGUGUUGGCUGCUGUGAAACAGAAUGGAGAAGCCUUGGAAUUUGCAGCUUCACAUUUACGAAGCGACCCUGAAAUCGUUCGAGAAGCAAUAACACAAAAUGGAAUUGCACUCGAUUUUGCUCAUGGAAAAAUUGACAAAUCGUUAAUGAUUCUUGCAGCCAAAACAAUUCGUAGCUCUUCUUCUUUCGAAAAUGUUGAUAUAGAUUUGUUAAACGAUGAAGAAGUAGCAUUAGAGAUUGUGAAACGUAAUCCAUAUGAAUUCCGUUUUUUAAGAAAAUCGUUGCGAUGUAAUAGAAAAAUUUUACUGACUGCCCUCAAAUCGCAGUAUGACUCCUAUUAUUACACGUCGCCAGAGUUGAAAGCAGACAAGGAAGUCAUCUUAAUGGCUGCCUCUCAAAAUUUGCAAGUGUUAAUUACCUGUUGUGAUGACCUUAAGAAGGACAAAGAUUUCGCGUUAGAAUUAGUCAAAUUGAAUGGUUCUGCUAUUCGCUAUCUUGAUGCCUCACUCAAGAACGAUAAAGAUAUAGCAUUGGCAGCUGUUAAACAGAAUCCAAACGCUGUGUUUUAUCUGGGCAAAGACAUGUUAAAAGAUAGAGAAAUAAUAUUUACGGCUAUCAAAACAGGAAGUGUAUUGACUUUUCUUGCUGCAGAUGAAGAGUUUAGAAAAGACAAGGAAAUUAUACUUCAUGCUAUCAACAGAGAUCCUAAAUCCAUAGAUGACCGUGAAAUUGUAUUGCAAGCUGUUAGCAACUACGGGGAUGCGUUAUCUGCAGCAAGUGCUCGAUUGAGAAAUGACUCUGAAAUUAUUACACAUGCAAUUUUAAAGAAAGGUGACAGCUUACAAUAUGUCACCUCUCCUGAAGUGAUCAAUGACAAAAAAGUAAUAUUACAAGCUCUUGAAAAUUCUGACCAAGUUUAUUUUCUUACAACAUGGGAUACUAAGCAGCUAGAUAGGGAUAUUGUUUUAGCAGGUGUAAAAAAGUCUGGAAAUAUUCUUACCUUGUUAAUUGUUGAUUCACUUUGGAAAGAUAAGGAAAUUGUUAUGGAAGCAGCAAGAAAUUGUCCUGAAAUAGUAAUCCAUGACCAAUAUUUCAAUCUGAGAGAAGAUCGAGAAUUCAUGACAGAACUAGUAGAAAAACAUGAAACGGCCAUUUCCUAUGCCUCAGAGACAUUUCAAAAUGACAGAAACUUUGCAUUGCAUGCCGUGAAGAAGAACGGUCUUGCUCUUAAUUAUCUCAUUGCUAAAUUCAAGCAAGAUCGUGAAAUUGUCAUGGCAGCUGUUCAACAAAAUGGAAAAGCUCUUCCUAAAGGUCAUUUCAGCGAUGAUAGAGAUAUUGUCUUGACGUCUGUGAAACAAAUUGGAGAUGCUUUGAAGCAUGUUAAUGACCAAUCGUUAUGGAACGAUAGAGAAAUUGUUCUAGAAGCAGUGGAAAGUACAGGCACUGCUUUGCAAUAUGCUCCAAUUAGAUAUCGAAAAGAUUUGGAAAUUGUAAUGACGGCAGUGAAGCAAAAUCCAUCAGCAUUAGCUCAUUCAUUAUUGAAUCUUUCGAAUAAUGAAGAAUUGAUGAAUGAGCUCAUUCAAAAGAGUGAACAUGCACUCUUUUUCGCUUCAUACAGGCUCCAGCAUGAUAGAGAAUUUGUUUUGAAAGCAGUGAAAUAUCAUGGACUUGCCUUGAAAUAUGCUCUUUUUAGUUUUUGCAAAGAUAAGGAAAUAGUCAUAGAAGCACUAAAGCAAAAUAUCAAAGCAAUAGAUUAUGUUUAUUUGGAUUUGUUGUAUGAUGAGGAUGUACAGGCAGUUAUUUUGGAGAAGAGAAAUGAAGAAUCCAACAAAUAG